AUGUCUGGAUUUUUUGUUUUAAUGAUCAGUCUUUUUCUUUCACGGUUUUUCCACUAUUUUUUUAAUACAUAUUGUUCAACAAGACAUCUUAAUAGUACAAAUCCAUUAAAAGAUAUAGAAAAAUACAAAUCAGCAUUAUCGUUUUUAUUUAAACCAUUUAUUUCAUCUAUUAUACCUGAUACAAACUCUCUUGCACAAAAGCUAUAUACAGAUUCUAUAGAACGUAUUCAACGUGCUAUAAAGACAAAUGAAUUAGAAAUACUAUACGUUUUGGGAACAGAGAAACCGUCAUUUGGGUAUUAUGAGGCAUUUUCUAUUUUAAAUAUAAAUGGUUUAUCAAAUUUUUCUAUCAAUUUCAAAAUUCAUAACUUUUAUAAAAAAAAUGAUAUUGCAUCCGUUACUGCAUAUGGUACAAUGGACAAGUAUAAUAUACAUGCAGUUCUCAAAAAAAUUUCUAUCUCUAAUAAUAAUGGAGAAAAAAUAGUUCUUUAUAAUGAUUCGAGCUUUAAAACUCAAGGAAAAACUAUAGAUGCAGAAUAUUGGACUAGUAAGUCAGUAAAAUAA